AUGACAGCCGGGACAGUGGUCAUCACUGGCGGAAUCCUUGCUACAGUCAUAUUACUUCUUAUUAUUGCAGUACUGUGCUACUGCAGACUACAGUAUUACUGCUGUAAGAAAGAAGAGUCCGAGUCGGAGGAGGAGGAGCCAGACUUCGCCGUGACGUCGCGCCUGCCGCCGGUCCACUCCAACCACAACAUUGUGGCGGCAACGGCCGCCGCCGCCUCCUCCUCCUCCAUCCCCAAUGGCCCCGCCCUCUUCCCCACCCCGCCUCUGGCCCGGAAACUGACGCGCUCGCAAACCUUCUGUCCGUCGUGCACCCACUACGAGCUGCCCUUCUAUCUUCAGCCGCCCGCUCCCCCGCCCCACCACCACCAGGCCGACGGCCUCAGGAACGGCGGCGAGCGGGUCAACUUCCGUGGCGUGCCGCCGCCCCUACAGCAGCCGGACAUGGAGCUGCCCGUGCCGGUCAACAUUUCCAACUACCGGAAACCCCACUUGGCCCGUUCGGUGACCAUGAGAGACAUGUUCACUCGCAGCUGUAGCAUCAGCACUGACGUUUAG